GAUCUUUUGUGCUCACUCCGGAGGAGCCUGCAGUUAAUCGCGAAGAAGAAAAAUAACUGCGGACACCAUGAAUGGAGCGGAUUAUCUGCAGCAGCACAGCACCGAGAGUCUGUCGUUUGAAGAGAUGCAGCAGAUUAACGCCCUCGGAGCCCAGCAGCAGCAGAAAGAUGACGGAGGCCGGAGCGCCGAAGUCCAGCAGCUGUUGGUGAUGAAAGAGGAUCCCCCUGAAUGGAGCAUCAGUCUGGACCAGCAAGACAGAGAGUCCCUCCAGAUAAAGGAAGAACAGGAGGAUCUCUGGACCAAUCAGGAGGGAGAGCAGCAUAAUGGAUUGAAGGUGACUGAUGUCACCACAUUCCCAUUCACUAUUGUUACUGUGAAAAGUGAAGAUGAUGAUAAAGAGAAAUCUCAGUCUUUGCAGCUUCAUCAAAGCCAAACUGAAGACAACAGCGAGAUGGAGCCUCUGACCAGCAGCCCAACUAAACAGGUGUGCAGACUUCGGCAACAAGUCUUCAGCCAGUCACCCAACAUGCUGCAAAAAAACAUGUCAAGGUUCAGCAUCCCACCAAUGGAAAGGAAGACAGGACGUAGAUCCAUCAAGGGAAGAGGGAGAUGGCAGAAGUGCCUACCAGCCAGUUCCAGCUCAGACACCACGCUAAUGGCCACUCACCACCAGAAGGACUCAGAUGAAAACACUAUCCCUUCGCUAUCACUCAUAGCCAACAUGUCACAGACCAUCUUGGAGCCGGGCUCCUCCACCAGCCUGUCCGGGCAUAUUGGCCACAGAGUUGUGACCGGGGAGUCAGAGCUAGAGAUAGAUGAUGAAAAGCCGCUGGUGACACAGUGGCCUGGGGCCAAGAAGAGGAUUCGGAUGGAACCAGAGGCAACUCUUUCCCCCGAACAGGAAGACCACCUCGUAGAGUGGUUUGCCGCUCACCCAUUCUUCUACGACCAGACAGCACGCGACUUCAAGGACAAGCGCAGACGGGAGCAGAUGCUGGAUCAGAAGGCUGAGGAGCUAGGAGUUACUGGUAACUUUCUUUGGGGGUGGUUCCGCAACAUGAGGACCGUCUACGGUAAAUUGAGGAAGAAGAAGAACGAGCAUACGACAAGACCACUGACAGCCAGGCAGCGGUGGACCUCAGAUAUGUUCAAAUUCUUGGACAAGCACAUGACCAUCCGCAGGAGCAGCCUGGGAAAGCUUCAAGGGGUACAAUCUACAAAUACUGGAGUGGAAGAAGAAGAGGAGGGGGAAGAGGAGGAAGAAGAAGGGGAGGAAGAGCCUGUGAGGUCAUCUAGUCGUCCCGGGUCUCCGUCCCCUAUUCCCUCCAGUCAAACCCCCAAGUUGAAGGGCAAAAAGGCCAAGCUCGCCAGCCGCUGCGUCAACAAGGCGGUUCUUCAAAUCCCAAACAGCAUGUCGUCCUUGCAGACAGCUAUGAGGUCACUGCAGGCAGCUAUGGAGUCCCUACAGGCAGCUGUUGGAGGGCUAAGCAACAACCGUGUCAUGUAUUGUCAGUACCUGAGCACGGAGGUGGGCAUGCUCACAGAGGAACAGUGGUCUAUGUUUCAGCAAGAGACUAUGGGGAUGCUCAUUCGCUUCCGCACUGCCCGCCAGCAGCGGCAACAGCCCCCAGUUCCAGUUCUUCUCCCUCCAGGCUCCAUGGAGUCGAUUCCUGGCCCCAGCAGCACUCUUCUCAGCAGUUCCUACUUCCCUAUUCAACAGUCUCGGCCGGCACCGUCCCAGUAGCUUCAGUCCCAGCAAAUUCAUUUUUUUCAUUGACUCUGUGAAGUAUUUCACAGUUUGUUUACUGAUCAUAGUUGAGUGUUUAUGUUAAUAAAAUAUCAUGUGUCACUGGUACUUACUUCUUGAUUCCUUGUCUAACAAUAGUAAAACUUGUGCCUUACAGCUGCAACACAUUUCAAUUGGUGCAACUUUUACUUUGAAGGCUGACAGUCUCCAUUUCCUGUUGGUGUUAAUGUACAGCUUGAAUAAUAGAACAAGUAGAUUUUCGGUGCGCUGAAUUGUAUUGCACAAAGUUUUGAGAAGUUUGCUUUUAAGGUUAAUUUCUCAAAACUGGCUUUUAUCAUUAUAUUGUAUUUUAUACAUGAACCAUUGUGACCUUUAAA